UGUGUGUGAGAUUCAGUUUGCGCGUGAGAGUGACAGACAAGAUGGUGGACAUGUUGUUAACAAUCUUGCUUACUGUAUUGGCGACCUCAGAUGCACACAGCAUCAGUCGUGUGCAGCAAAUACCACUACAAAUGAGCAGACGUGUCAAAGAUACUCCACCGUACCCGCAGUGGCCUCCGAUGUUUCAACAAAGCUUCAACGAAACAUUCACCUACCCCAUCUUGGGCUCUCACAGCACCAGCGGGACCUAUUACUACGAUUUCGAAAACCGAAGGUACAAAAUUGUCCGUGAAAAUGGCCGCUACGACAGGUAUUGCGGGUUCAACGGCGAACACACGCUUAGCGAUACUCCGUGUACGCAGCUUGUUGUCAAAGGACAGAGAUGGCUGAUUUAUCCGGACAAGAAAGAAUGCUGUAAGUGUUGUACUAGUGAGCAAGGUUGCGGGGUUCUCUUCCCAACCUGGAUGGUAAACGCAACGUUUCUUGGCAAGGUGAAGUGGCAUGACGGUACGAUGGUGUACAAGUGGGACAAGCAGGGACUUCAACAUAACUAUUAUUACGAGACGAUAGCUGAUGACCCUGAGGACAGAAUCUUGCUUCAGAUCGACCAGCAGCCCAACGAUGAUCAGAUAUACAAUCGGGAAUCUCGUAAACUGGUGAUUGAGAAUCCGGACGAGGUAUUUCAACUACCGUCAUACUGUGAAUCAGCUGGAGGAUGUUCAUUUUUCUCUACUUGCCAUGCAGUUGGAUAAAACUCUCUGGAACUUACAUCCGGUCAACCUCAAAGUCUAAUCAGUUUACGAAUGAUAUCACCAAUUACUGUUUUUUACAAUUUCUAACUGGGUUUUUGUUGAUUUUUUGAAUGAUAAGGCAAUUUUAUCCGUUGGUUGGUUGGAUAACCAAUUGAAGGUUAAUAAAUUUUUUUGAAAAUGUUUCCACUUAAAA